GGUUUCUACAAUUUCGGCUUCUUUACAUGUGCUUCAGUCGUCACUGAACUUUCCAAGCUCCUUCCUUUCCAUCUCUCCUCCUCCUCUCUCUCUCUCUCUGUAUCUCUGAAUUGUGAUGGAGCAGCAGGCAUUCUCAGUUUAAUCCUUCUCUUUGAAGGACAUCUGACUCUGCCUCGUUUGUUUAUUAUUUUUCUUUGCUCUUUCGCAGGACCCAGAAAUUUUCUGGUGAUUUUGAUUAGGGUGUCUUUUCUUACUUUGUACUGGGUUAAAAGAUGGUAGCUGAGUCGUGGUUCCGCGGUCUGUGGAAAACUUCAAAAAAGCAUGAGGAUGGCUCGGAGAAAGCACUAAUUGGAGUAUUGGCAUUUGAAGUUGCGAGUAUGAUGUCUAAGCUGGUUCAUUUAUGGCAAUCUUUGAGUGAUAAGCAGGUUACUAGGUUGAGGGAAGAGAUCAUGAACUCAGUGGGUAUUAGAAAGCUUGUGUCGGAGGAUGAUGAGUUCAUUGUUGGUUUGAUAUGUGCUGAGAUCACUGAGAAUUUGAGACAUGUAUUGCGAUCUGUAGUCAGGCUUUCAGAGAAAUGCAAUGAGACAAGCUUGAAGAGUUUUGGGCUUGUAUUUGAUGAUUUUGUUAAGACUGGUGCGGACCCAUAUGGGUGGGAGUUUUCAUGGAAGAAGAUGGAAAGGAAGGUUAAGAAGAUGGAACGCUUCAUUUUAGUGAAUGCAAAUUUGUAUCAAGAGAUGGAAAUGCUUGCAGAGCUUGAACAGACACUGAGGAGAAUGAAGGGUAGUGAUGGAGAUUCAGAUUGUGUGAAUUUGGUUGAAUUACAGAAGAAGGUUGCAUGGAAGCAGCAGGAAGUGAAGAAUCUUCAGGAACUUUCUCUAUGGAAAAGGACUUAUGAUUACACAGUCCGACUUUUGGCAAGAUCUCUGGUCACAAUAUUUGGUAGGAUCAAAUAUGUCUUUGGAAUUAAUCAGAUGGCGGAUGUUGAGGAAGACAUGGAUUCAAGAGUAAUGAAUUGUGAUUAUAUUAAUCGCAGCCAGUCAGUUUCUGCAUUAAUGCUAUCUUCAGUUCAUCCAUCUGAGAAUAGUAGAGCCAGAUUUGCUUCAGGUCGCCUUAGGAAUUCGACUACAAAGUCAGGACCAAUCUUGAAAAUGGAUAAAACCAGCAAUUUCUAUUCAGGUCCUCUCAAAAGCUCAACAACAAAGUCAGGUCCUAUUUCAGGAAUGAUUAAAACUGUCAACUUUUAUUCAGGUCCUCUAGGGAAGGCAAAAACAAAAUCAGGCCGAAUAUCUGGAAUCAGUAAGAUGAGCAAGAAGCUGUGGUGGACUCCUCAGAAGUCAUCUGACCGUAAUGGUAAGAAACUGCCUUUGAAACCCAACCGGCUGACUCAGGUGGGACCUUUCAAAGGAUGCAUGAUGGUUGGGAACAAUUCUCCGGUUAGAAACUGCCAUGUAAAUUCAAACGAUGCUGAGUUGGGGAUUCUUGAUGGAGCUGAAGAUCCUGUGGUUGCUAAUGGUUGUGCAUUUCAUUGUCUAUCAAUCUUCAAUUCUAAGCAAAAGUUGUUGAAUGCUCCUCCCGAAACUCUUGGUGCUGCUGCUUUAUCACUGCACUAUGCAAAUGUUAUUAUCAUUAUUGAGAAGCUGGUGGCAUCUCCUCACUUGAUUGGCCAUGAUGCAAGAGAUGAUCUCUACAGUAUGUUACCUGCUAAAGUAAGAGCUGACCUCAGGGCGAAGCUAAAACCGCACACAAAGAGCUUGGCUUCAUCGAUGUAUGAUACGGUUCUUGCAGGAGAAUGGAGUGAGGCAAUGGCAGGGAUAUUAGAGUGGCUAGCUCCUCUUGCUCAUAACAUGAUAAGAUGGCAAUCUGAGAGAAGUUUUGAGCAGCAGAACUUGGUUUCAAGGACAAAUGUGCUUCUAGUACAAACUCUUUACUUUGCAGAUCAGGAAAAAACAGAGGCAAUCAUCACUGAGCUUCUUGUUGGUCUCAAUUACAUCUGGAGGUUUGGUAGAGAACUGAAUGCAAAAGCUUUACUGGAGUGUGCUAGCAGUAAAAUCUUUGAGGAGUAUCUGGAUUUGGAUGCAUAACGUUACUUUCAACUUGAGGCAAAUCACUUGCACGUCUCCAAUCAGCCUCAUAUGGAUUGGCUUCAGGAUUUGUAUUUGGAGAAAAGUUCCAAUGCCUGGCUAGUCCACCUGGCUUCUCAUUUCAACAGUGUAGACAACGAGUUAGCUUGCUGUCGGGAUUCUUUGAUACCAAGAAGGCAUUCUUUCUGCGGUACUCCAGGUAUGGUUUGAUCAUCUAAACAUUAAUUUUCUUCAGUGAGAGUUGAUGCUCUUUCCCAUGGCUGCUGCAAAUUUGCUUUCCCUUUCACUACAUCCUUGUGAAGCAUAAUUUACCUACUAAGAAGUUAUCAUUCCCAAAAGCUGUAUAUCUAUUAGCAACACGUAUUUAUUAUAAUGAUUGUAAAUUUACGGUGAGGGUGUUUCCUUCAUAGAUAGGAGAGUGUUUCCUUCAUAUAUAGGAGAUUUCUAUAAGCUUGGCAUGUUACUUUCAAAGUGGAUACAUGUAUGAAUGUAGUAGUAUUAUUGAUCUUUGUGCUGCAUGGUAACUGAAGCAAAUACGAAGUCGAAUUCAAAUAUAAUAUUAUGUUCUCA